UGUGUGUAUUCCCGUGCUCGCAUCGCCAUCUUGUUGCCAUCCUAUUUUUUACGUAUGCGAGGAUCUACUUUCCGUUCGGCCGGAUUAAAAAUCGCCCGUGUGCUUUCAGGAGAAACCCAAGGGACGAAAGGUUUGGGAGGGCUGGUGUGAACCGUGCAUACGACGCUUACUACUGGGACGCUACUUACCUCCCCCCCCUCCCUCGGUCUUUUUCCUCCUUCCGUCCCGGGCUACCGGGUCUCCUGCCGUGAGGUUUUACGCGCAAUGAGCAUCGAUACGCUUCUGGAGGCGGCCAGGUAUCUGGAAUGGCAAGCCCAGCAGCAACAACAGACCACACGUGAAGAAGAGCAGCUUGAAGGCAAGGAGCUCAUCAGAAGGGAGGCGGAGUCAAAGCAUGUGGAACUUGUGGCCUCACCAUCUCAGCCAGUAGGAGCCAACCAUGUCACCUGGGGUGAUGAAACUCACCGUCAACAGCCGCAUCACCUUCCUACCCCACCGCCCCCGUCUCUACCUACUCGUCAGCUCCCCAUUGCCGUCAUCCCAAUGGUGCCGGUUGUCACCGCAACGCCUUCAGUCCCGCCCCUUCCGCUCAAAACGCCAAUUGCUGCUGCAGCAGCGACGUUCAACAGCUCCCCGCCAGUCAAGAACUCUUCCUCCCCUCCACCUCAGCCGGCGACUCGUCAACUGUUGUGCUCCCCUCAGAUCAAAGUGGAACCCAGUGAGCAGCUGAUAGAUGUAAAGCCUGGAGCAUCACAGCUUCAGGUUCAGAUCAAGUACCCGGCCCCCAUCAGCACUAAUGGCUCCCAACACGCACUGGUUCCUCAUCAGGCCCCACCCACACCUCAGCCACGGCCUAACGGGGUGACCAUGGAGGAAAUGAAGGGAAUGGAAGGGAAGAGGAGACCAGGAGGGGCGGGGACCAGAGAGGUGCACAAUAAACUGGAGAAGAACAGGCGAGCGCACCUGAAGGAGUGUUUUGAGACACUGAAGAAAAAUGUUCCGAACAUUGAUGAGAAGAAAACGUCCAACCUCAGUGUUCUCCGCAGCGCUUUGCGUUACAUACAGACUCUGAAGCGCAAGGAGAAGGAGUACGAGCACGAGAUGGAGCGUCUGGCUCGAGAGAAGAUUGCAACGCAGCAGCGGCUGGCCGAGCUGAAGAACGAGCUCAGCCAGAACAUGGACGCCAUAGAAAUCGACAGAGUCCUCAGACAGACCAUCCAGCCAGAGGACGACCAGGCCUCCACGUCCACGGCCUCAGAAGGAGAAGAUAAUUAUGAGCAGGACAUGGACGAGGACGUUCCCGCCCCUCCUGCUCCCACGCCCCUCCCCAAACCGGCUCCUCCCAUUUUACAAGCUCAGCCGCUCAUCACCCCUCACCUGGCGAUCCAGCACGCCACACUGCCUAUCCUCACCAGCGCCUCCCCCGUGGGUCCCCCUCCACCUCAAGCCAUUGCCCCUGCUCCAGCCCCGGGUCAACCGCCACCUCCUCAUCCUAUCCAGCCCCCAGCCAUGCAGGUCCAGCCCACCGUCAUCGCUCACGCCACUGUCUCACAUGCUUCAGUCAUCCAGGCUGUCAAUAAUGCCCUACCCGCCAAUCAUAAACACCUAACGCAUAUCGCCCCAUCACCUGGCCCCAACUCCACCCCUCAGCCGAUCACAGCGGCUCCGGCUGCCCCUGCCACCGCCACUCACCAGCCAAUAACUGCCCAGCCCAUCGGACACAUCACCGUCCAUCCGGUGGCCCACCUGGGCUCUCCUUUGGCAUCCCACCUCCCGACUCUCUACCCCCAGGGCAUGUCUGUGUCCCAGCCCACCAUGGUGGGCCACAUCGCCCACACCUUCGCCCACCACACUCUGCCUCACGUCCAGGCCAGUCCUCAAGCUAACACUAACGGCGCCCAGGUGAACAGCGCGACUGUGGUGAGCCAGGGAAGCCCGUCACUAGGGAAACCCACAGCAGUGCUGGCCCCCCACCCACAGCUGGUUGGACAGGCUACUGUCCUGAACCCUGUCACCAUGGUUACAGUCCCAACCUUUCCUGUCAGCACGCUCAAACUGGCCUGAAACAGACAAUAACAGACAGGACGGAGCGAUGGAUGUGAGACAGGAGAACGAGUUUUCAUCUCCUGUCAGUCGCAGAGAGUCUCUGACAGACACGUGAACAUUUGAGCAUCAACUGUUUCUGGACUUUGUGUGAUGAAUAUCUUCUGAGAUAUUUCAGUCACAGCUCUGUUAGUUUGUGAACAAUUACAUUAAAGCUGAGUCAGCAGGUCGGGCCAUUGUUUGUGAAAAUGCGACUGUGACGUUUGUCUCCCCCGCAAACACAGGAACUCUGUUUUACCUUUUUAUCUUCCUUCCUUCCUUCCUUUUCUCUUUAUUUUACUGCCAGAGGCACUAACACAAUAAGCUCAGUUUGCACUCAGGCAUCAAGGAUUUACCUUAACUGGCCAUUCAGUCAUUUAGGGGAAAUGAUUACAGCGAGACAGAGAGAGGACUUUGGCCUGUUCCUACAGUGUGCCAGUUGUUUUGUAGACAUAUUCAUGAGCUCGUGUGGGACGUGUAAUGUCACUCCUGUGUUUAAGGGGUGGAGCUGGAGUUGGAUUCAGUGGUCUCAUCCAGAUAAAUCACAUGCAGGGCCGUUUAUCAGUUAAUUACAUCACAUAACAUUACAUAGUUAAUUAGGGCUAAAACAUUGUCACGUACUGAUGCAGUUAUUUAGUUUUUUCUACUAGGAACACAACAGGAAAGUUUUUUGUUCUUCCCCUUUCGCUUUUGCCAUGAUCUAAGUUCGACACGUGGCAGACGAAGUCAUUCUUUAAACAUCUUGCAAAUAGUUUAAGGAAAAGAAUUUGAGGAUGGUAGUGCAAUAAAAAAAUCCUGACACGCUGCAGUUCAGAAUACAAAAAAAGGAGACAGCACAUCUUUUUAAAGGCAAAUUCUGCAGUGGACUUAAUUUUUUCAUUUUCUUUUUAUCCACUACCUCAGAAGGCUUUUAUUUUGGAGGGCGACUCCAAAACAGCGGAUUUGCUCCAGAGAAUUGGGGCAGUGAUUGCUCGGUUUGGUCAGCGUACAGUAGUGUCUGUUAUUGAUGGCCCUGUGGAGAAGUUGUGUCAUGUUAACCACAAAUAAAAGUAGGGCAGUAAGUUUGAAGCGAGCAGGAGCUGAGUCAGAAAAGCAGCUGAGGAUAGAAGCUGGCAACUGGGAUUUUCCAGCUAUUUGUUGAAAAAAAUAGUUAAAAGUGGGAAGAGCGUGCAGUGCAGUCAGCUUUGAUCUGGUUACCUACACCCACAGUGAAAAGCUUGCCUUCUGCUGGGGUUUUUUAAAGAAAGAUGUUAAAGGCUCUUGGCUAUCUUUCACUGCCAGAUUCAAAACCCGAGAAGAUCAAAGUUGCCCAGUUACCCACAGGUCAUUUGAGUGCAUCAACUCCCGUCAAGUCUGCACACACUGGUGGUUAUUGAGGCUUAAAGCGGCUUAACGAGCCCUCAGGAAACCUGCUAGGACUGCUCCGAAGAUCGGCGGUGUUUGUGCGUUUUAAUAGGAUUGUUUAUUAGCUAAGACAUUUUGAAACCAACCAAGGCUGAGCGAGACUGUACGCAGAAAAUUGUCUGCAUACCUGCUCUCAAACAGUCAGGCAGGUUUCCUUUUGUCCCUUUGAUGAGUGAUGUUCCCUCAGCACACUGUGGGGAAAACAGGUUUCCAGCCUCUUUAGUGUAAGGCAACAGCUCCCUCUGCUGUCGUUACCCAGACACACACAGCACACAAGUUUCCGAUGAGGCUUUUAAAAAAUGUGAAAAUGCUUUUUUUUUUUUUUUAACUUAACAGAACAAAAAAAAAUUAUGACUGUAUGGAAGCUUGGUUAUGCCACUGAAGUAAAAAAAACAAACCAAAAAAAAAAACGCAAUGUUGCCGUUCAGACUUCUCAGAACAACUUUAAAUGGUUAGUAUUUUGAAAUUUCAGCUUUCUCAGAACUUUCGCUCAGCAAGAUGACAUUUUGAAGAAAUAAAAAAAAUUACAUUCUUCCAGUGGCAGAAACAACCUUCCAUAGAUGAACUUUAUCACUUUAUCUACUUGUUUUGGAGGGCGAUGCAAGGCCAAAAAUACAGCUUUUCAUUCCAAGAGAAAUUUGGAAUAGAUGUCCGACAAACGCUGAACACCAAAUCUUCAGCCCCAGUCCAGAAAAUUUGUUAAAAAAAAUCAAAUUUAUUUAAAUUAAAAAAAGCCGAAAGUGUGUUCGUGUGUGAGCGCAUUCUCACAGCCUUCUCGCCAGCCUUUUCAUCAGAUUUCUCUUCGGUAUAACGUCGUCAGUCUUGCGUGGCUCUGCUCCUCACCUCCUCUGCUGGUUUCCGUGUGUUACGUAUGUAUAUGUGACUGUAUUCAGUAUGUUUUAUAUUCUGUACUAUAGCUAAUCCUAUUGUACCUGUAGCAUGGCUCUGUUUUUUGUUUAGGUUUUUUUGGGAGGGGGUGUUUACCCUUUGCCCUGUGCAUGAUUGAAUGUGUGUGUGAGCGUGUAGCUAGCAGGUUAUUUUUUUACACAGAGGUGAUUUAUGGUAUGAGCCUGUUUGGGUGCUAUCGUGUGUGCCUCUACUCAGUUUUCCUGAACACUGUGACAGCUCUGGCAAAACACGUACACAUCGAGCGAAUGGAAGAGACAAAGAUUUACUGUCACACUCGUUGUUUUCUUUUUCUUUAUUCUCCUUUUUUUUAACAUUUAAGGUUUCCAUAUUUGU